GUUGCCUUGCAUCUAUCUAUUUGAACGGUUUUAGUUUUAUAUAUUGUUCAAAUAACACACUCUACUUUUAGAUAUUCGACUGACCCAAUAAUGUCUCUCUGUUAUAUAGGGUACUGUGGCUCAGGGGUUCAUCGGUCUGAACCGUCGCAACCAAUACGAGAAAGAGCUCAAGCGUGGGAUGAUCUACACACUGACCAACUACUAUGCAUCGAACACCAAGGUGAUGUACCAUGUUGCUGACCAGAGGCUGGUAAUUUGCAUCUCACACGCCUCUGAGCUGAGGAAGGUGGAAGAAGACAUUGAAGCCAUUUUGACAGAGCGCUUCAGAAUCCAUUCCUUUGCAGAUUUUGAAGCCAACUGUGAUCUCAGAGGAGAUCUUCACGAUGUUGUCGGCCACCUUAAGCUGGUUGAUGGGCAUCCUCUCCAUCAGCGUCCGGUUUUGUGCACCAAGGAUGACUCAGCUUCUCGGAAAGUGAUGGUUCAUUUGCAACUUAAAGAGUAAGCUACUAUAAUUCAG